UUUCAUUAACUCCUCUUUUCUCUUUCCACACUCGUCUAAUCGGUUCGGUUUCCUUGGUAAACACUCGGAGUUUGGCCCGGUGGAAGUCUCGAUCCUGGUCCUAGUCUCGAACGGAUGUGAGGUUGGAGGUUGGACCGAGCCUCGCGUGUUAUUUCGGCGGAGUGCAGACGGUUUGUCGCGCGGCUCUCUCGCCGUAUUGUACGUCAUCUCCACCGCCGCCGCUUUCAUCUCCUUCUCGGCUGAGGAAAUAUGGCGACUCCCGCUGCGGUCAACCCGUCCGAGAUGGGCAGCGAGUUGCCGGGAACGGUGGCCAUGCCUGGAGCUGUCGGGUCCAGUCAGGUGAGGAUGGGAGGAGCCGUUUCGGGCCGCGGGGGCAAGAGGAGAUCUGGAGGGAUGGACUUUGAUGAUGAAGAUGGAGAAGGACCAAGCAAAUUUUCAAGGUAUGAUGAUGAUCAGAUUCCUGGUGGGGAUAAGGAGAGAUAUGCCAGAGAGAACCACAGUGAGAUUGAGCGGCGCCGGCGCAACAAAAUGACCCAGUACAUCACUGAGCUGUCAGACAUGGUUCCUACCUGCAGCGCUCUGGCCCGAAAGCCUGAUAAACUGACCAUCCUGCGUAUGGCGGUGUCCCACAUGAAGUCCAUGAGGGGUACUGGUAAUACGUCCACAGAUGGGGCCUACAAGCCUUCCUUCCUCACUGAACAGGAACUGAAACACCUGAUCCUGGAGGCAGCUGAUGGUUUCCUGUUUGUGGUUGCUGCGGAGACGGGCCGGGUCAUCUACGUGUCGGACUCUGUGACACCAGUUCUGAACCAUCCGCAAUCAGAGUGGUUCGGAAGCACGCUGUAUGAGCAGGUUCACCCGGAUGACGUGGACAAACUGAGAGAACAGCUCAGCACGUCGGAGAACUCCAUGACAGGACGGAUUCUGGACCUGAAGACGGGGACGGUGAAGAAGGAGGGACAGCAGUCCUCCAUGAGGAUGUGCAUGGGCUCCAGGCGCUCCUUCAUCUGUCGCAUGAGGUGUGGCAGUGCUCCUCUGGAUCACAUCUCGCUAAACCGUCUGUCCAACAUGAGGAAGAGAUACAGGAACGGACUGGGACCUUCUAAGGAAGGAGAGGCUCAGUACUCUGUGGUGCACUGCACAGGAUACAUCAAAGCAUGGCCCCCUGCAGGUAUGACCAUUCCAGACGAGGACACGGAGGCUGGACAGACGGGGAAGUACUGCCUGGUGGCCAUCGGGAGGCUGCAGGUCACCAGUUCUCCGGUAUCCAUGGACAUGAACGGGCUGUCGGUUCCCACAGAGUUCCUAUCCCGUCACAACUCAGAUGGCGUCAUCACCUUCGUUGAUCCUCGCUGCAUCAAUGUGAUUGGUUAUCAGCCUCAGGACCUGUUGGGUAAAGACAUCCUGGAGUUCUGUCAUCCGGAGGACCAGAGUCACCUGAGAGAGAGUUUCCAGCAGGUGGUGAAGCUGAAGGGUCAGGUCCUGUCGGUCAUGUACCGCUUCCGGAUGAAAAACAGGGAGUGGAUGCUGAUCCGAACCAGCAGCUUCACCUUCCAGAACCCCUACUCUGAUGAGAUAGAGUACAUCAUCUGCACCAACACCAAUGUCAAGCAGUUGCAGCAGCAGCAGGCGGAGCUUGAGGUUCACCAGAGAGACGGUCUGACGGCCUACGAUCUGUCCCAGGUACCUGUGGCAGGUGUCAGCAGUGGAGUUCAUGAGGCUGGAAAGACCAUAGAUAAGACGGAGGCUCUGUUCUCCCAGGAGAGAGACCCAUGCUUCGCUGAAAUGUACACCGGUAUCUCUGGAUCUGGGGAGAAGAAGAUGAUGGUUCCCUCCUCCACAGCUGGAGGACAACAGCUGUACUCUCAGAGCUCCCCCUUCCAGCAGGGACACUCUGGGAAAAGCUUCAGCUCCUCUGUGGUCCAUGUUCCUGGUGUCAGUGACAUCCAGCCAUCAGGCUCAUCCAAUCAGAAUCUAGCUCAGAUCUCCAGACAGCUGAACCCGGGCCAGGUGGCGUGGUCAGGCAACCGGCCGCCCUUCACUGGACAGACCAGUAAAGCCCAGUCCAGUCCAUUUGGGAUUGGUUCCGGUCACAACUUCCAGACGGACCCAGCCUCCUACAGUCCGCUGUCGUCCCCAGCCACUUCCUCCCCCGGUGGGAAUGCCUACUCAGGCCUGAGCAGUCGCAGCACAGCAUUCGACGUGUCAGGAGAAGGUGGUCAGAGCGGAGCCCAGUUCCAGGGUCGGCCCAGUGAGGUCUGGUCCCAGUGGCAGAACCAGCACCAUUCCCAGCAGGCUGGGGAGCAGCACACACACCCCAACCCCAGUCAGACAGAAGUCUUCCAGGACAUGUUACCCAUGGCUGGAGAUCCAACCCAGGGAACAGCUAACUACAACAUCGAGGACUUUGCUGACCUCGGCAUGUUCCCAAACUUCUCGGAGUAGCUCCGCCCCUCCACAGCAUUCCCCUCCUCACCGCCGGACUCAUGUUUCAUGGUGUUACUGUCGGAUCGGACAGCCAGUGGACAUCAUCCCCAUCCAAACACACACACUCAACUCAUCUGUGUGGAAUUAAUGUAAUAAUCAGACGGUGAUGAAGAGGAGAGGUCUUCAUCGGCACACCCUGACACACCUGCAGCUCACAGACUCAAAAACUUUCUCACUUGAGUUCUUGUUGCUGGUAAAAAAAAAGAAAAAAAAAAAAGAAAAAAGGUCCAAAUGUGAGUUGUGAGAACUGUCAGGACCUGGACCUGCUACCAAGAUGUAUCAGUAUCUAUCUGUUCUGGAUCUAUGUUCUGACAUGUUUUAUCAUCUCCGCCCGCUGCGUCUCUCUGAUCCAUCCAGCUUUCUACGCUCUGAAGUUAAAAACUUUUUCUGGACGUUAUGAGCAACUGGAUCACACCAGUCCAGUCAGGUUCUGCUCAGGUUGGAAGGAACCAGCAGAGAUCCAGUAACUAUGGUUCUGUGAACGACCACCAGCUCCCCUGAUUCAUCUGAGUCCUUCAGGGUCUACAGCAGACCCUGAUCUGGACCGUAGCUGAAACCACCUGAAAUGGACUGUUGGCUCUGGCAGAGACCAGAUCGGUCAGACUGAGGUGGGGGUGUGUGUGUGUGUGUGUGUGAGGCUGAAAGUGCGCUUCAUAAAGCUAACCGCUAACUGCUAACAGCUGCUUCCUGGUCCCACCUCAUGCCCACGCCGUCGCUCUCCUCUUCGUCCCGACUCUGCAGCAGCGGAUCGAGUCUUUACUCGGAUCGAUUGUACGACUCGUCUGACAGACUUCAGACUUCUUUUUGCUAAAGAAUUCAGAUUAAUGUUUUUUCUGUAAAUACUGUGAUUUCUAUGUUGACUCAUGUUACUUUCACACAGUCGGUUGUUUUCGUGUAGGUCCUAAUGAUAUCGUGUGUAACGUAAGCGUGUAUUUAACUGUUGGUACUUAGUUAGCUGGUUAACUGUACAUUGAGUUGUAGGCCUGUAUAAACGUGUAAAUGUGACCCAUUAUUUUGUGUAGCAAACUGUGCUCGUGAUAAUAAAUUCUUCUUGGUUCUGUGGCUUCCA